AUGGAUACCUUCACAGAUGAUUCAGAGCACUUUCAACAGGUGUUUAUUAGAGACAAGUGGUAUCCGUUUGGACCAGCUGAAAUUAAUGCCUACUUGGGGACUCCAAAUCAUCAAGCCGUGCCUUAUCCUAAUCCCCACUUAUUAGCUGCGGCCCUGACUCACAACAAAGCCGUUACUUGGCCGCAAAAUGGUCUCAAAAGUUUGCAACUCACAACGGUCUACUCCGUGCUUCUCUGUCUUGCCUCAGCCAACUGGAUACCGGCAGUACGACAACACUUUGUCUCGGAUCAACUAGUCGCCCUCCUCUACAAAAUUCGAAACGGGCUCCCGUUCAAUCUUGGAGAUCUUAUCUUUUCCCAUAUCAUUAAGACUUUCUUAAAGAAAAAAGAAGCCAAGGUUCAUCUCCCAUAUCCAAGUUUGAUUUUUGGUGUUCUUCAAGAUCAUGGUUUCAAGCCCUAUAAGGAUGAAGUAGUGACCCCUCAUGACAAUGUGUACCUAUAUGAUGACCGUCUGACCCAAAGAGACCACUAUGAUGAUCGCGCUUCACUCAGUCUGCCUCCCGCCAUUGCUAUGUCUACUCCUCUAGUUUCUGCUCCAGCCACAUCUGAGGACACUGUUUCUGCUUCGUUACCCGGCUCCAGACCAGUUCCAAAAGAGCCUCAUUCUGUCGCUUCUCAACUAGCCACUAUUUCUGGCCUUGGAAACCUACGAGAUGCUCAGCUUAAGGAGAUUGCACGUAUGGAGGAAAUACAUGCUCAAAUUCUGGCUGACACUGGUGCUGCUUCUUCUGGUUCCGAUUAUGAAGAUGACGAUGAUGAUUCGGACUCGGGCACCCCGUCUGCACGGUAA